AUGGCGCCGCCUCCUCUGGUGGGGGUUACCCCGAAGCGAGCGUCCGUGCCAGCGCCCGGAGGCCGUGCUUCUGCGGUCGGGGGCGGGGGCGGAGGCGGCGGCGGGGGCUGCGCCGGGGGCGCGGCCGGCCUGGAAUUGUCAUGCAAUUUCCGGACGUCGCCAGUGGAGGCUGUGCCGGACAGAGGGGCGGCGGCGGCGGCGGCGGUGGCGGCGGCGGCGGCGAGAGCGGCGACGGAAACGGAGGUGGAGGUUGAGGUGGGAGCAGAGGAAGGGGACGAUAAAGAAGAGAGGCAAGGAGAUAGGAAUUUUAUUAAAGUGCCUUACGGAGUUUUACCACAAAAAAUGGAAUACUUUGAACAUUGACUUGUAAUGUAUUGACUUGUAACAAGCAAUAUGAAUUCUUUGGAGGCAAAGGCACCAAACAUGCGUUUGACUACUCAAUUUUGAGAGGUCUUAACAGUCAGCUUUCUUGAAUUUUCUUGAAGACUGGAGAGAACUUUGGAGGGAAGGAAGGAUGCAGAGGCAUAUAAUAUUUAUCUGGCUGGACAGUCCCUGACAUGGAUGACUUACGAGCAGGAGUGUUCAUUAAUUGGAUUGUAAGAUAUACUAGAACAGUUUAGAAUAUUUUUUUCAUAAUGUAACAGUUUCAAUUAUUAUACUCUUAAUUAAAAUUUAAUUCCAUUUAUUACAACAUGUUUACUUUUUAACUUAUUUAUUUAGUUUUUAAAUUAAUCUUUUAAAUAUUUUAAUAUGAUGUUGCCUUACUAGAAUAAAACU